UUCUAAGCCUCUUCCCCCUUCCCUUCCCUUCUUCCCCAAUCUCCAUUGCUCGUUUCAACCUUUCUUCUUCUUCUUCUUCUUCUCCUCUUGGAUUCUGAGGUUUUUUUUUUUCUCUUCUUCAUGUUCAUUACUCUGUUCUUGAUGUUUGAAAUUCAUGCAUCAAAUUCUCAGUGAACAUAUCCUCCCUUCUGGUUGUAUGAUUAUACUUAACUCCACAUUCCGCCACCAUCACCUCGUUCAAUCCUUCUCCGUUGUGUUUCUUUACUUUUUAUACUACGUUUCAUGAUUUAACCCCGAUUUCAACAAUACCCACAUAUCCAAAUUCACUAAUUUCAAUAAACCAAGCAAUCAAUCUUAUUACUGCUCCGUUACACUCUGUUUUUUUUUUCUUUUUGUUCUGUUUUUGGGUCUUUCAAUGGCUUCUUCUAGUGGAACAUCUUCGACUUCUUCAUCAAUGGAAGAAGGGGAAUUAGCGGCGUUGAUGGAGCAAAGGAAGAGAAAGAGGAUGAUUUCGAAUCGGGAAUCGGCGAGGAGAUCGAGAAUGAGGAAGCAAAAGCAUUUGGAUGAUUUAAUGACUAUGGUGAGUCAACUUAGAAAGGAUAAUCAACAAAUAGUCGCUAAUCUUGCCGUCACGACGCAGCACUACGCCACCGUGGAGGCUGAGAAUUCCAUUCUCAAAGCUCAGGCCGCCGAGCUCUCUCACCGUUUGCAAUCCUUGAAUGAGAUCGUCGCUUUCCUGAAUCCCUCUUCUGAUGGGGUUUUUGAAGAUGAUACUUACGGCUGCGACGGCAGCGACGCCGCCGUCGGCGGCGGUGGAGGGUUUUUUAAUCCUCUUCAAAUGGCUUUCUAUAUGAGCCAACCUCUUAUGGCUUCUGCAGAUGUAUUUCAAGAGUAUUGAAAUUUGGGUUUUUUUGGCUCUUUCCUUUUUCUAGUGGUAUGAAUUUUCUUGGCAUCCAAACAAGGAGAGAGAAAGAGAAGGGUUAGUGUUGUGUUUGUGUUUCUUGAGUAAAAAUUGGUAAGUGGUCUUGAUUGGCACAAUGAAUAAAGAAGGGGAAAAAAAUGUGGGUUCUUUAGGUUGUUAUUUUUAGUAGAACUUAUGUAUGAAGACUAAUGGAACAUGUAAAUUUUUGGAUUUUUCCAUUUUAAGGUCAAAAUUAAAUGGUCAAAUUCUUAUAAGUUAAAAGAGUCGUCCUAUCAAUAUGAGUUUAACUUAAUGGUAAUUGACAUAACCUUCAUCUCUAAA